AUAAAGGUUGUAACUUGUCCGCAUGUGGCUGACAAAAUGUGAUGUCAUCCUAAUUUUGCUUGCUGUGUUUUUUUUUAGUUUUUUUUUUUAAUUGUCGUCACAGUGAUUUCCUGCCAAGUCACAAGCAAAACAAACAAGCCAGAGAGGGGGGAGCGAGAUCGAGCGCUGUUGGACUUAAGUGGGGGAGUGCAGUUGGGAGUUGCCACCUGAGUGAAGAAGCCCUUGGAGGGCACAAAGCUGAGAGGGGACAGAGUGCUUCAUUGCAAAAAGCCACCACUGCCUUUCUACUUCCUCACAGUCAAGCCAAGUGAUUAGGAGCGAUGGCUGAAGCCCAUCAGGCGGUGGGCUUCCAGUUCACUGUGCGUCCGGAUGGCGUGGACCUCAAACUGAGCCAGGAAGUUAUCACUAACAUCUGCCAGGCUGGUCUGACGGCGUGGAAGAAGAGAGCCAUACGGUUCAAGAAUGGGAUCUUGGCUGGCCUGUAUCCGGCCAGUCCGUCCAGUUGGCUGAUUGUGGUUAUCGUCAUGAUAAGUAGCUUAUACACGGGCCUGGACCUCUCGCUGGGAAUUAUAAACUCCAUCCAGGAAAACAUACCGCUCAGAGGAUAUCUAUCAGUGCAGACGGGCGCGGUCCUGAGCGCCGUGGUGUUCGCCAGUGCCGCGUGGCUCUUCCUCAUCUACCUGCUCAGGUACACCCUCAAAGCUCUCCUCUCCUACCAUGCCUGGAUCUUUGAAUCCCACGGAAAGAUGAGCACGUCCACUCAAGUGUGGCUGAACCUGGUGAAGAUGUUUUCAGGGCGCAGACCACUUCUUUACAGCUUUCAGGCGUCCUUACCCCGACUACCCGUACCCAAGGUGGAAGACACGAUCUGCAGGUAUCUGGAGUCGGUGCGUCCUCUUUUAGAUGAUGAGCAAUAUGAGGAAAUGAAGAUUUUGGCCAAUGAUUUUAAAGAGUCAGAGGCUGCCCAGCUGCAAAGAUACUUGAUCCUCAAGUCUUGGUGGGCCUCCAAUUAUGUAAGUGACUGGUGGGAGGAGUACAUCUACCUGAGAGGCAGAGGCCCAAUUAUGGUCAACAGUAACUUCUACAUCAUGGACCUUCUGUAUGUGACGCCAACUCACCGGCAGGCAGCGCGUGCGGGCAAUGUGGUGCACGCCAUGCUGCAGUACAGACGCAAACUGGAGCGUGGUGAACAUGCGCCGCUGAGGGCUCUGGGAACGGUUCCCAUGUGCUCCGCUCAGAUGGAGAGGAUGUUCAACACAACUCGCAUCCCAGGCAUUGAAACAGAUUUUGUGCAGCACCUGAGUGACAGGAAGCACGUGGUGGUGUACCACAAGGGUCGCUUCUUCCAAGUGUGGCUGUACAUGGGGGGACGUCACCUCUUACCCAGCGAGCUGGAGACCCAAUUUAGCAGGAUCCUUAAUGAUACAUCCGAGCCCCAGCCUGGUGAGCUCAAACUAGCCGCGUUGACUGCUGGAAACAGGGUUCCGUGGGCUCAGGCUCGGAUGAAAUACUUCAGCCAAGGAGUGAACAAAGCGUCCUUGGACGCGGUGGAGUCGGCAGCCUUCUUUCUGGCAUUGGAUGACGAAUCUCAGGGUUACGACGCUGCCAGCAACUCUCUGGACCGCUAUGCCAAAUCUCUGCUGCAUGGAAAGUGCUACGACAGGUGGUUUGACAAAUCUUUCACCCUCAUAGCUUAUCCCAAUGGCAAAAUGGGAAUAAACGCAGAACAUUCGUGGGCUGACGCACCUAUCGUGGGACACAUGUGGGAGUACGUCAUUGCCACGGACUGCUUCCAGCUGGGCUACACAAAGGAGGGCCACUGCAAAGGAGACGUAAACCAAGGCCUCCCUUAUCCCACACGACUCCAGUGGCUCAUUCCAAAGGAGUGCCAAAAUGUGAUCGAGACGUCCUACCUUUCUGCUAAAAAGAUAGCGGAUGAUGUGGACUUCUUCGCCUACGUCUUUGGUGCAUUUGGCAAAGGCCUGAUUAAAAAGUGCCGGACCAGCCCGGACGCUUUCAUUCAGCUGGCCUUGCAGCUGGCACAGUUCAGGGACCAGGGGGAAUUCCGCUUGACAUACGAGUCUUCCAUGACGCGCAUGUUCAGAGAUGGCCGCACGGAGACGGUGCGUUCGUGCACCUCUGAGGCUGUCGCCUUCGUCAGAGCAAUGGAGGACCGACAGACAACCAACACGCAGAGGCUGGCGCUGUUUCGGAAAGCGUCCGACAAGCAUCAGAACAUGUACCGUCUAGCCAUGACCGGUUCCGGCAUCGACCGACAUCUUUUCUGUCUCUACAUUGUGUCCAAGUAUCUGGGCUUAGAUUCACCGUUCCUAAAGCAGGUUCUAUCGGAACCGUGGAAGUUGUCCACCAGUCAGACUCCUCAGCAGCAGCUCAACUUGGUGGACAUCAAUAAGUUCCCGGAAUAUGUCGGGGCUGGAGGCGGAUUUGGCCCUGUGGCCGAUGACGGUUACGGCGUGUCUUACAUCAUUGUUGGAGAAAACCUCAUCACAUUCCACAUCUCCUCCAAGUUCUCAAGCCCUGACACGAACUCGCGCAGGUUCGGUCAACACAUCAGCAAAGCCAUGAUGGACAUCCAAACGCUUUUCCAUCCCAUAAACAAGACGAUGACAGACGAGUCUAAGAUGCAGCUCAGCAACGGCAAGAAGCAUAUGUAGCAGACCUGCGUAUGUGUGCAUACUGUAUGUAAGUGUGCAGACUGUAUUUAAGUGUGUGUGUGUGUCUAUGCAACAGUUGAUGCAGUUGCGAUGAUGUCAACACACGCACUCAUCAUCAUGAAUGCUCCUGUAAGUUAUUGCUCUGUAUAUUGCGCCUUUGUGAAUCCAAACCUUGUAAAUAAAGCAUCCGCACUGAUUUCAUAUUUA